AUGGGGUGUGUGGGUGAGUGGGGUGAAUGGGAUGAGUGGGGUGAGUGGGGUGAGUGGGUGAGUGGGGUGAGUGGGGUGAGUGGGGUGAGUGGGGUGAGUGGGGUGAGUGGGGUGAGUGGUGAGUGGGGUGAGUGGGUGAGCUGUGCGAGUCAAUGCCCAAGGCGUGCCCUUCUCAGACUGGCAUUUGGAGUUGACGCCACAGCGGAUGUGCUGUUGCGGAUGGAGAGAGCGGAGGAGAGGGUGAGUGGAGGAGGGGAGGAGCGGGAGGGAGUGAGCGGUGCUGCACGGGUGGCAUGUGUAUUAAACUGCGACCUCAUCCCCGUUUCUCCACCUCUCUCCCACUCUCCUUCCGCCACUUUCUCUCUCCCUUCUUUCCUUCAAGCAGUAGCCAGAGCAUCCCUCCCUUGGCCACAACUGCCACAUCAUGAGUCGGAGGUGGCAGCAUCGCCCUGCCUGCUUCUCACCCUUCCAAUCCUCCGCACCCCCCUCCAGCCUAUCCCACUUUCUUCUACUUGCCCAGAGCAAUCGGCCUGCCCCAACUGGGACCUGGCAGCGUCACCCUGCCAGCACAGCAGACUGGUGUUCAAAGGCCCUCUCCCUCCUCUGCCCUCCUCUCUCCUGGUGCCUUUUUCCGCGCCACCCUCCUCUUCGAGCAGUGCCUGGGGCAGUCCGCCUGCCCCAACUGGGACCUGGCAUGCCCAGGGCACUCCGCCUGCCCCAACUGGGGCAUGGCAGCGUCACCCCCCCUCUCUCUCCCACACCCUGCCUGUGCAGCAGCCUGGCGUUUUUGAGUUAGGGCCACAACAGAUGCGCUGCUGUAGGUGGAGAGGAUGGAUGGAGAGUUGUGCUUGCAUCAGGUGA